AAAAUAUAAAUCAAUUACAAGCAGAUGAGAUUACGAAACCUGUGACGGUAUCCCUUACCUCUCUCUUAAACUCGAAAUAACUUCCGGUCCCAUUGUGUUUCAGUUAAUUCAAUCAAACACAUUACGUUGAAUUACGGCUAUGAAAUCAGUAAAACAAAUAUCUAUGGGUUGCCUGUGUUAAAUUACAUUCAAUUUACACUCGUCAAAUGAGAGGAACGCCUUGGUAAAAUGCUGAAUCGAAUGUGAAAUCAAACAAAAAAGGGAAAUUCCCCGAAACUACUUCACAGUUGCGUGGUUGUUUCUACGGUUUUCUCUUCCUCGUUUUGUCUAACAUUCCUGCUUCUUUUAGUCGUAAAGUCUCGUGGUUUAUUGGAAUCCAACGAGUACAAAGACUCUCGUACAGCCGAUUUUUACAGAAGUCGUUUGAGGUUUUGGCUGAAAGAAAGGGAAAGAAUGGCUAUGGGCAACUCUAACACUAACACUAAAAGGACAUUAGAAGAGGCAAUGAGCAAAGAAAGGCUGUCAAUCGAGGAAUAUGGCUAUGAAUUUCAAGAGGUUAAUGAUCAACAUAAACUUCGGGACAUAAAAACUGGAAAAAACUUCAAAUUUGAUGUGUACCGCGAGAAAGAACUAAACCAGCAAAGAUAUGAAGAAAUAGGGGAGGCUAUUACAGAAUAUGUCUAUGAACACCUUGAAAAGAUGCUCAAACUCAAGAGAGUCCACAUUCCAGUCCUGCCAGCUGAUGCUGGUCCAAAUGAACCCAAAGGGUUUUUCUUCAUGAGUGAGAAUGCUCUAAAAUCUGAUAAACUGAUGAUUCUCAUCCAUGGCAGUGGUGUGGUACGAGCUGGUCAAUGGGCAAGAAGCUUGAUCAUCAAUAACAGUUUUGAAGCUGGGACAAUGGUUCCAUAUAUUGAGAGAGCAAAAGAGGAAGGUUUUGGUGUGCUUAUUACUAAUGGCAAUCAUAAUUAUGAUGAGAAACUGCAUAAGUGCAUUAAGGGUAGUGAGAAUCCCCAGGAUCACUUUGUUUAUGUCUGGAACAACUUCAUCAAGAAGGCCAAGGCCAAGCACAUCGUGAUUGUUGCUCAUAGUUUUGGUGGGGUAGUAGUUCUUCAUGGUUUCGUCGAGAGAACCACUGGACACUCCAAUACGUUCGUACUAUAAAGACGACACUUGUGAACUAGUAUCUGCAGGCACGACAGAACACGUCUGGACAUCACACUGUGCUAAAGAUUCGGUCUUUAGUUUUUUUAAGGAAAAACUGGAUAAAGAAGAGAAAGGAAAGGAUAAUGACAAAUGUGCAGGAAAUGGUUCGAGGUGCGGAUCUGAUGACUGCGAAGAGGACGAUCAAGAGGGAUUAAAGGGGGAUGAACAGCAGCUAGAAACAGGGCCUGAAGACGGAAAGAUGGAAAAAGAAAAUUCCAAAGAUGAAGGAAGUGAAAAUGAUAACAUGGUGACUGGAGAUGAUCCGAUUGCUGGGACACCGGGAGAAGAAACUGUACAACAAGGAAAAGAUAACAUGGUGACUGGAGAUGGUUUGAUUACUGGGACACCGGGAGAAGAAUCUGUACAACCAGGAAAAGAUAACAUGUUGACUGGAGAUGGUUCGAUUACUGGGACACCGGGAGAAGAAUCUGUACAACAAGAAAAAGAUAACAUGGUGACUGGAGAUGGUUCGAUUACUGGGACACCGAGAGAAGAAACUGUACAACAAGAAAAAAGAUAACAUGUUGACUGGAGAUGGUUCGAUUACUGAGACACCGAGAGAAGAAUCUGUACAACAAGGAAAAGAUAACAUGGUGAUUGGAGAUGGUUUGAUUACUGGGACACCGGUAGAAGAAACUGUACAACAAG